AUGAAAGAAUUUAAUUUUGAAGUUGGAUAUAAGCAAAACGCAGGUCGCGUCAACACAAUCGAGUGUCCGAAAUCAGAAAGUUCGAAAGUACCAAGUUCUGGAAAAUCGGAAGGAAGUCAAAAAGGUGAAUUAAAGAUUAGUAGAAAAACUCCCGAAACGGAUUCUCAUGCAACAUCAAAGCAGGAAGAAAGUUCAAAUAAAGGAGAUCAAAUAAUACGAAAAACUUAG